GACCAGAGAGGAACGUGGGGAAAAGCAGUCUGAAAGACUCCACUGGAGACUGUGCAUCUGGAUUUUUGGCUCCCUAGAAACCUAGACCAAAGCAAGUGGGCACAAGGAGUAUGAUUUUGAUGUGACCGAGGUCAUGAAAACAGCACUGUUGGGCUUGGCUUUGUGGUCACUGCUUUUCCAGCCUAGGCUGCUGCUCUGUUCCUCUCAGGUGAGUCAGAACUGUCACAAUGACAGCUACGAGAUCAGCGUUCUCAUGAUGAACAACUCAGCCUUCCCAGAGCCCUUGGAAAACUUGGAAAAUGCGGUGAAUGAAGGGCUGGAAAUAGUGAGAGAACGUCUGCAAAAUGCUGGCCUAAAUGUGACUGUGAAUGCUACCUUUAUCUAUUCAGAUGGUCUGAUUCACAAGUCAGGUGACUGCCGGAGCAGCACCUGUGAAGGCCUUGACCUCCUAAGGGAAAUUACACGUAAACAACAGAUGGGCUGUGCCCUCAUGGGGCCAUCAUGUACAUAUUCCACCUUCCAGAUGUACCUUGACACAGUAUUGAACUACCCCAUGAUUUCAGCUGGAAGUUUUGGAUUGUCAUGUGACUAUAAAGAAACCUUAACCCGGCUGAUGUCUCCAGCUAGGAAGUUGAUGUACUUCUUGGUUAACUUCUGGAAGGCCAAUGAUAUGUCUUUCAAAACCUUUUCCUGGAAUAGUUCAUAUGUUUAUAAGGAUGGUAGUGAACCUGAAGACUGUUUCUGGUACCUCAAUGCUCUGGAGGCUGGGGUUUCCUAUUUUUCUCAAGAACUUAAUUUUAAGGAGAUGUUGAGAAAAGAAGACCAGUUUCGGGAUAUCUUAACAGACCACAACAGGAAAAGCAAUUUGAUUGUUAUGUGUGGUACAUCAGACACAAUCAGCAAGCUCAAGGGUGACCAAGUGAUGGAUGAAGACAUUGUCAUUAUUCUAGUGGAUCUAUUCAAUAACAGCUACUUUGAGAACAAUGUCACAGCCCCUGACCAUAUGAAAAACGUUCUUGUUUUAACACUGCCUCCUGAAAAUCCCAUCCUAAAUGCCUCUCUCUCCAAGGAUUUAUCACCGGCAAGAAAAGAUUUUGCUUUUGCCUACUUGAAUGGAGUCUUGCUCUUUGGACACAUGCUGAAGACAUUUCUGGAAAACAAAGAGGCUGUUAACACCUCCAAAUUUGCUCAUGCUUUCAGGAACAUCACUUUUGAAGGGUAUGCGGGACCGGUGACCCUGGAUGACUGUGGGGAUGUUGACAGUACCAUGGUGCUUCUGUAUACCUCUGUGGAAACCAACCAAUACAAGGUUCUUUUGACCUAUGAUACCCACAACAAUAAGACUCACCCUGUGGCUACGACUCCCACAUUCAUCUGGAAGAACCAUAAACUUCCUAAUGAUAUUCCAGGCCGGGGCCCUCAGAUCCUGAUGAUUGCAGUCUUCACCCUCACUGGAACUGUGGUGUUGCUCCUGCUCAUCGCUCUCCUAGUGCUCAGAAAAUAUAAAAAAGACAAUGAACUUCGUCAGAAAAAAUGGUCCCACAUUCCUCCUGAAAAUAUCUUUCCUCUGGAGACCAACGAGACCAAUCAUGUUAGCCUGAAGAUCGAUGAUGACAAGAGAAGAGAUACAAUCCAGAGCCUACGACAGUGCAAAUACGACAAAAAGCGAGUGAUUCUCAAAGAUCUCAAGCACAAUGAUGGUAAUCUCACUGAGAAACAGAAGAUAGACUUGAACAAGUUGCUUCAGAUUGACUAUUACAACUUGACCAAGUUCUACGGCACAGUGAAGCUUGAUAGCACGAUUUUUGGGGUGAUUGAAUACUGUGAGAGAGGAUCUCUCCGGGAAGUCUUAAAUGACACAAUUUCCUACCCUGAUGGUACAUUCAUGGAUUGGGAGUUUAAGAUCUCUGUCUUGUAUGACAUUGCCAAGGGGAUGUCAUAUCUGCAUUCCAGUAAGACAGAAGUCCAUGGUCGUCUGAAAUCCACCAACUGUGUUGUGGACAGUAGAAUGGUGGUGAAGAUCACUGACUUUGGCUGCAAUUCCAUAAUACCUCCAAAAAAAGACCUGUGGACGGCUCCAGAGCACCUCCGCCAAGCCAGCAUCUCUCAGAAAGGAGAUGUGUACAGCUUUGGGAUCAUCGCCCAGGAGAUCAUCCUGCGGAGAGAAACCUUCUACACACUGAGCUGCCGGGACCGGAAUGAGAAGAUUUUCAGAGUGGAAAAUUCCAAAGGAACAAAACCAUUCCGCCCAGAUCUAUUCCUGGAAACAGCAGAGGAAAAAGAGCUAGAAGUAUAUCUACUUGUAAAAAACUGUUGGGAGGAAGAUCCAGAAAAGAGACCAGAUUUCAAAAAAAUUGAGAGUACACUGGCCAAGAUAUUUGGCCUUUUUCAUGACCAAAAGAAUGAAAGCUAUAUGGAUACUUUGAUCCGACGUCUACAGCUAUAUUCUCGAAACCUGGAACAUCUGGUUGAGGAAAGGACACAGCUGUACAAGGCAGAAAGGGACAGAGCUGACAGACUUAACUUUAUGUUGCUCCCGAGGCUGGUAGUAAAGUCUCUGAAGGAGAAAGGCAUUGUGGAGCCAGAACUGUAUGAGGAAGUUACAAUCUACUUCAGUGACAUUGUAGGUUUCACUACUAUCUGCAAGUACAGUACCCCCAUGGAAGUGGUGGACAUGCUUAAUGACAUCUAUAAGAGUUUUGACCACAUUGUUGAUCAUCAUGACGUAUAUAAGGUAGAAACCAUUGGUGAUGCUUACAUGGUGGCUAGUGGUUUGCCUAAGAGAAAUGGCAAUCGACAUGCAAUAGACAUUGCCAAGAUGGCUUUGGAAAUCCUCAGCUUCAUGGGCACCUUUGAACUGGAGCAUCUUCCCGGCCUCCCAAUAUGGAUUCGCAUUGGAGUUCACUCUGGUCCCUGUGCUGCUGGAGUUGUGGGAAUCAAGAUGCCCCGUUAUUGCCUAUUUGGAGAUACCGUCAACACAGCCUCUAGGAUGGAAUCCACUGGCCUCCCCUUGAGAAUUCACGUGAGUGGCUCCACUAUAGCCAUCCUGAGGAGAACCGAGUGCCAGUUCCUAUAUGAAGUAAGAGGAGAAACAUUCUUAAAGGGAAGAGGAAAUGAGACCACCUACUGGCUGACAGGGAUGAGGGACCAGGAGUACAACCUGCCAACCCCUCCCACUGUGGAGAAUCAACAGCGUUUGCAAGCAGAAUUUUCAGACAUGAUUGCCAACUCUUUACAGAAGAGACAGGCUGCAGGGAUAAUAAGGCAAAAACCAAGACGGGUAGCCAGCUAUAAAAAAGGCACUCUGGAAUACUUACAUCUGAAUACCACAGACAAUGAAGGCACCUAUUUUUAAACCUAAGUGAGGUGUAAGGACUCACACAAAUUAAAACACAGCUGCACUUAAGCAGCAACCUCAAGCGUCUUGGCAGUUUUCAUUUUCCUAAGACCUCAGUGAAACAGAAAAGUACUUAGCCUCAGCAGCCUAGUCUGGAAUAUAGACUUGCAUCCAUGAAUCAGAUGUGUGUUCUCAGUGAAAUACCACCAUUGGCUCUGCAGCCUCACCCCAACAGUUGCUCCAGGGAGCUUCCACCUGAAAAAGAAGAGAAAUGAAUAGACUAUCUAAAACUUGAGGAGAUUUUGUUCUUAUUUCAGUUAUUUUGGUGUUUUGUCUGUUUCUUGGCUUUUUCCUUCUGUAUUCAUAAAAUUUUUUAAUUGUCAUAAUUAUAUUUUAAAUACCUUAUCCCCAUUAAAGUAUAUUUAACUCAUAAUUUUUUCAGAAAAUAUGCUAUAUAUUAAGGCAAGAAUAAAAGUUAAAAAUUUCC